GGACUCAGGUGGGUCGUCCAGUUAUUGUUUUUGAACAGCCGAUUAGCGAGGUCGCACUAAAAUCGUUCCGGGAUUCUACGCUGUGGAUAUCGAACGCACUAACAGAUAACCGCGCGCGAGUUUCUGUCUUUCUUCCAGGGAAGACCUUAGACCUUGGUGUGGAAAGCAACAAACAACGUGCAGAAAAAAAAAAAAGAAGUUGGAAAUUAUUCUAGAAGUGCAAAUUAAGAAAAAACAGCACCGGGGAGAACUUUUUCAAUCUAAAUUAAUACAAGUGUUCGGGAAAAAAGGACUGAGAAACGAUACGGAACGACAACGAAUAGUGAUCGAAUUUUAAUUAAAAGUGGUUUUUGGCUGGCGCGAAGAGUGCUGAACUUGGGGGAAGAUCCAGGAUGUUGCGAUUUUUAUUGCUUCUUGCGGUCACCGCGCCAACUUUACUGUUAGCCGGUCGGAUCCAGCUGGUAAACCUGUCCCCGGAAGAGGCCCAGAAAUACAUCACAGAGCAAAGCUUGGACCUGCGCUAUGCGAAGAAGCUGGGUGAGUUCCCGCUCGGCUACUUCCGAAACAUUCAGGACCCCUCGAGUGCUAAACUAUUCCACAAAGGACGACUGAUUGAACAUCCGGAGGAUUAUGUGGAGGAAGGGUACGAGGCUUCUCAGUUCCACGGACAGGAUGGUCUUGGAAGGGCUAUGUUCGGUUAUUCUGAUUACAACCAGGCUCGUUUGGAAGCUCGCAAUACCAACGGAGAGAUUCGUGGCUCGUACCAGUACAUCGAUCCAACCGGCCAGGAAGUCAUUGUGCAAUACUGGUCCGACAGCUUGGGAUUUCACCAGAUCGACAACCGACCAGAGGUUAAGUUGGAACCAGUGACCGAUACUCCUGAGGUUCGUGAGGCACGACUUGCCCACGAAAAAGCCUGGAAGGAGGCUGCAAACCUUGCUCGUUCGGGAAAACCGAUCAGCGACAUCAACAGGCCCGUUCACAAUGGUGUCGAGGAAGAGGAGGAGGAAAUUGUAGCUGCUUUGUCGAACCAGCACCAGAGUCUUGUGCGUUACCCAAGCCUGCCAUACACCAGCCACAUCUCGCCGGAAGAUGCAUCGGCCUCGUCGGAUGACGCAGUGGUUGUUGAAGCCGACCAUAACGUCAAGAAACGCGAAAAUGUAGAAUCGAAUAGCAAUGAGGAAGAGCCCCAGUAUGAUCCGAAAGGAUUUUUCUACAGUUUCGAAUAUCCAGUGUUUAACAUCAAGGAAACCGAGUCUGGUCUGGCUCGCAGCCAGAGUCAGAAAGUUAAGCGAUCCAACCCGCAAGAAGAACUAAAAGUCGCGAGUGAGCUCAAUCUGAAGGGAGUACCCGUUGCAGUGCCCGUACCUGCGGUCAAGAGUCCAGUACUACCAGAGGCAGCUCCGGAGCCGGCGCUUGGGGACAAUCGAGUAUCUCUGAAGGCAGUUCUAACGGGAGAGCAAUUGGUUGCAGCAGUUCACGAUGUACAGGUGUCCCCGAAACAGCAAUUGAGCAGUGAGCAGUGAUUUAAUGGAGAUGAAUUGCUACGUUUACCUGUAUACAAAAAACGUAUGAUGACAUGAGUGAGAAAUGGAACACUGUGAAACAGAUCUCUGCCAGCUAAAGUAGUCCGAUAGAAAUCGAUAUUGUGUUGAAAUGAAAUCAGAUCUACAUGAAUAAUAAAUACUCAAACGACAAACAAUAAAAGUGCAAUUUUAUCAAUGGUAACAAA